AUGAAACUUCGUCAGGCGGCCAAAUGGAUCCUGUCUAACACUAUUGUCUCUGAUUCUAGUCUCACCCCAUCUAUUAAACUUCGUUUGAUUACUGAACAAACUCCCCUGUGGAUGAGUACUCCUGAUUUAUGUCCUUUACCAGAUCCAUAUUGGGCAUUCUAUUGGCCGGGGGGUCAGGGGGUGACCAAAUACAUCUUAGAGAACCCCAAUGAAUUUCAAAAUGAAACUAUAUUCGAUUUUGGUGCAGGCUGUGGCUCGAUCAGUAUAGCUGGUUGCCUUGUCGGCUGUAAAUCAGUUAUUGCCAACGAUAUUGAUCCCAAUGCUCUGAUUGCAACGAAACUGAACUUCAAGCUCAAUGGAAUUUCGGAUGAGAAAGUGAAAUAUUCCUCUACGGAUUUUUUGAAUCCUUCUAACCAUAGUGAACUUCUGGAAAUGGUCAAGGGAAGAUGCCAUGUCAUUCUGGGUGAUAUGUUCUAUGACUCGGAAUUCACUGCCAUGAUUUUCGAAUGGCUCCGCAGAUUGAAGGAAAACAGGGACGUCAGAAUUCUUGUCGGAGAUCCUGACAGACAUCCGCUAACUGAUCCAAAGUACUUGGAACGAUACCCUUCUUUCACGAAGACAACCCUCGCUCAAUAUCCUCUCCCGGCCUAUGUGAUAAAAGAACAUUACGGAUUUAAUAUUGCAAAUAUUUAUGAAUUUCGUUUAUAA